AUGAAUAUAAGAUUUUUACUUUUUCGCGGAGCCAAUGAAAAUGAAGGUAAUUUUUCGGCGUUGGAAAGCGAAAAAACUAUUAUUAUUUUAGCCGCUGGGCAAGAUUAUGCUCUUUCUGGCUCGGAAGAGCAACAAUUAGGUUGUAGUUAUCUAAAAGAAAAUCGGGAUAAAAUACAAGGAAUUAUUGUUAACAAUACUACUUUUCGCAAUACUGGCUUUUUAACUCAGAUUUGCCAAGAUUUAGGAUCACAAAUCCCCAUUUAUACUAGUGUUCAUAGCAAGUUAAUCUUACAUUACCUUUAUCCCCAGAUAAAAAACCGAACAGUAGUUAUGACGGCGGCUUCACCACCCGUCUUGAUUGGUGAUUUUACUUGUUCUUUCUUUCCUCUCCCUGAACUGUUGAUUUUGUCUCGUCAACGCCGAAAAAAAGUGCGGAUACUUAACGAAAGAUUUCUUUUGUUAGUGCGACAAAUAUUAGCUAAAAGUUCGUUAGGGCAGGUUAUAAGUAGCGAAGGAGAAAUUAUUUUAUUAGUCAUUAAUCAUAACAAUAUCGAGACUGAAAUAGAUUAUUAUUUGCAAGGUUUUCCGGUCGAACAAAAAUCUAAUUUUCACUUCCUGCUAGGAAUUCCGCCGGUAAUAGGCAAAGAAGAAAGUUUAGCCGAAUUAGUUGAUUAUCUUCACACUCAGAGCGAAGAAGGUAUUAUCUUACUACAAAAUAGUUAUAAAAAUGCUAAAUUCCUGCCCUAUUUAUCUGGACCAUUUUUAACUCUGCCUAAUCAUCAUGCUUACCAAUUUCCCGACCAAAAAACAAUUCCUUUAAAAGUAAAAAAAACUCUGGCUACCUUAGAAGAAAUACUAAUUAAGCAACGGAAAAAUUUACAAGAGGAAGGCUUGUUAAUUAUUUUUUUUGUGGUUAACUGGCAAGAAGAAAAAUUAAUUUUAAAAAAACUGCGACUGGAACUUUUGGGGAUUAAUCCCUCGGAAAAGUUAACUUUUGGGCUAAACCAAGAAGAUUCGGCCAAAAUAAUUAAAGAAGCAGUCAAAAGACGUUGUAACGAAUUGAGAGGAAAAAAUAUUUUUUUUCUUUGUCCUUUUCAUGAUGAUAAGAGCCCUUCAUUAUGUUUUGAACCCAAAGCAAAAUUUUUUAAGUGUUUCGCUUGUGGCUUUUCGGCUCAAGAAGAACCCGAAGAAGACCGACUUAAUGAUUUGCUUUCCUUAGUAAAAGAUAUUUAUCAACAUAAUUUAUUAACUUCUCAGGGCCGAGAAACGCUUAAUUAUCUCCAAACUCAACGCCGAUUAACUCCCCAAUUGAUUGACCGCUUUUCUUUGGGUUGCAGCAUUAGUAAUAAACAAUUAACUAGUUUACUUUUUUCUGUCCAAGAAUUUUCAACCAACUUGUCUCGGACCAACUUAGUGCAAAUUAACGAUAAUAAUCAAGUUUACGAUUAUUUUGCUGCUCAGCAAUUAAUUUUGCCUUUAACCAACGAAAACGGGAAAAUCAUAGCCUUUGCGAGUCGAAAAAUAACAGUUGGUUCCAGCGAAAGUAAAUAUAAUUAUUUGCCUAAUUACCAAACUUACCAAAAAUCAACUUUACUUUACAAUUAUCCGAUCGUUCACUCGGGCCGAGCGGAAGAAUGUUAUCUAGUUGAGGGUUUUUUUGAUGUCAUUGGUUUGACUGGAUUAGGAGUGGAAAAUUGCUUGGCUCUCUUAGGAACCAGUUGUUCAACCAAACAAAUACAUUUGUUACGCCAACUAAAAAAACGCAUUAUUCUUUUUUUAGACGGCGACCGAGCCGGUCGGGAAGCCACGAUUAAUAUCACCCUUGCUUUGUUGGAAAAUGAAAUCGACUGCGAAAUAAUAAAUUAUCCUUACCAAGGCGAUCCCGACGAAAUUUGUGGUUACCACGAACGCGAGACAGUGCUUGAUAUUCUCCAAACUCGCCAAAAUCCUUAUCUUUUUAUUCUGAAUUACCAUUUUCACCAAUGA